GAGGCUGUGUAUGCCAGUGUAGAGACUGGACUGCUCAGAGAGGGAGGCUAAGACUGAAGCUGCUUGUUGAGGUGUCUACCACCUGUGCCUCAACACCAGACCAGCACAAUUCAAUUAAAUCUGCUUCACUGAAGAAAAGAGGCUCCAUGCCGAGAAGUGAGGAGCAAGUAAUGGAGCAGGUGAUGGAGCACCACUUUGACAUUGACCUCACCUAUAUCACGGAGAGGAUCAUCUCAGUCUUCUUCAUGCCAGAGCUUGAGGAACAGCGAUACCACAGGGAGUUACAAGAAAUGGCAACCAUGCUUAAAUCCAAGCACCAAGACAAAUUCCUGCUUUUAAAUUUAUCAGAGAAGAGACAUGACAUCACAAGACUCAUCCCAAAGGUGCAGGACUUCGGCUGGCCUGAUCUCCACGCUCCACCUUUGGACAGGAUCUGUACUGUAUGUAAGGCCAUGGAGAUGUGGCUGAGUGCUGAUCCUAAUAAUGUAGCAGUUCUCCACUGUAAGGGAAACAAAGGGAAGACGGGGGUCAUUGUGGCAGCCUACAUGCACUACAGCAAGAUAUCAGCAGGAGCGGACCAGGCACUCACCACACUGACCAUGAGGAAGUUCUGUGAGGAUAAGGUUUCUUCUUCCCUUCAGCCCUCUCAGAACAGGUACAUCUACUACUUUGGCGGUUUGCUGUCCGGUGCCAUUAAAAUGAAUAGCAGUCCUCUGUUCCUCCAUCAAAUACUUAUUCCGUCACUGCCAAAUUUUCAGACAGGAGGAGGUUACUUUCCAUUUCUGAAGAUCUACCAAUCACUAGAGCUGAUCUACACCUCCUGUGUAUUCGACCCUCAGACCUCUAGGUCCAGGAAGCUGUGUGUGAUGAUGGAACCAGCGUUGUUGUUAAAGGGUGACAUUAUGGUCAAGUGCUAUCAUCGACGGAGCCAGGCAGCAGAGAGAGAGGUGGUGUUCAGGAUCCAAUUCCACACGUGCACCAUUCAUGGUGCCCAGCUGUGGUUUGGCAAGAAGGACCUUGAUGUAGCCUGCACAGAUGACAGGUUCCCUCAUGAUGCUGCAGUGGAGUUUAUCUUGGCUAGCAGGCCAGAAAAAAUAAAUGAAAACCAAAAGACAGAUGCCUCCAUCAACGUGAACUACAACACCUCAGAUCCAGUGGUCAGAUGGGAUUCUUAUGAGAACCUGAACCUGCCCCAUCAAGACAGCCCAGAAAAUAUUUCUCAUACAAGGGGCCCUCUUGAUGGCAGUCUGUACGCGCAAGUGAGAAAACGACGAGGACCGGGCCCGGCUUCCUCGCCCAACGGAGUCCUCACCAGCAGCCCAACAGUGAAGACACAGAUUGCCAACCAGUCGCAGACUCUCACCAUCACUUCUAGCUGUGUCCUCUCUGAUCACAUAGAGCACCACUCACCCUUCACUAGUCAUCCUGAAAGCGAGACGACUGAAAGUCUGAUGGAAAGAAGAGGAAGUGAAACAAGAGCAAAAGUACGAGGGAAAGAAAGGGACAGAGAAACAGAGAUUUUCGAAGAUGCAAACCUGUCAAAUCUGGGAGGAUUAAGGCGAGAACACUCAUGUUGUGGUCGAGCAGGUAUAAAAUGUGGAGCUGUGGAGCGGCAAUGGGAGCAAGAGCCUUGCCUCUCUAAUGGUCAUUGUGCUGGAUGCUGCAACAGCAUUAAAAAACAUCCCAAAAGUCAAACCCUGCCGGCCUUACCAUCCAAAUCUGUGUCCCCUCUACCACAUUUAACUCAUAUGGAACUCUGCCAUCGCCAUAGUGUCCAUCCUUUGCCAGAGUUAGCAUGGGAACGGCAAGCCCCAUCUGUCCCUUGUCUCCACAGACCAUGCUUCCAUUAUUCCGGUCCUGAACAUGCACAUUCGCAUGGUCACACCCUUCCAGCCUCGAACAGACACUACAAUGAUGAAUGUCAAGUCUUCCAUUAUCCAGGCCAAGCCCCAACCUCUCAUCUUUCCCACCAAUCAUUGCUUUCAAGCCCAUACAGAGAGAUGUUCUUUGGCCCGCCAAAUCAGUCCCCCGGAUGUCCCUGUCGAGAGUGCUCCAGCAGGCGAGAGCACCAGGCAGCCUCAGUCAGAGUGCACCAUUCAAUGCAUCCAGAUCAAGCAGUGGGAUUACAACAAACUGGAGAGGCAUUGUGGGAAAGUAAAAAUCCAUGGGAAGUACCAAGAGAGGCUGACUUCUGCCAGUGUAAAUCAGCCGUUCCACCGUUUCACAUCUGUCAUUCUGCCGCUUUAAAUCAGGGCACCCCGCAGCCGAGGUUUGUCCUCGGACCUCACCAGAGUUAUCCCAGCACCCAACCUCUUAUAAACAUGAGGGAUGGAGCCAGCAGUGGAUACCACACGCCUCCGCCUCCACACCAGUCUUGUCCCUGCCCUCCUUAUCAGUCAUCUCCUGUUGAGAGCCAUGGUAGUCGAGGUUAUGCUUCUGGUUACCUCUCUGGGUCAGCCUCUCCUCUACCAGCAAAUAGCCCAUCUCCUGGGAGAGUAAGACUCCCAGACACCCCUCCAGGAGCCAAAGAUCAGCAGCAGGAGCAUCUCAAAGUGGAAAAGGCCACACCAAGUCCAGAGGUUGACAUAUCCCAGGGUUCAGAGGGUAAACAUGACCGUUCAAGCACCCAGACUCUGGACUCUGAUCAUGACUAUACAGUCAUUGGUGGCAGCAGCCUCCCACACACAGAAGACAGUGAAGCACAGUGUGGAGGCCACCUUAUUAAGCAAGUAACACAAAGUUCAAGUCAAGAAGCCUCAAUUGCACCGGAAUUCAACACAAAUGGAAGCAAAACGCUCAUAAUAGCAGAGACGGAAGAAGAAUCCCAAAGUUCCAACAUAACACCAUCAAGCGAACUUUCUCAGAGUCGUACAUCUGAUGGACAGCUUGAGGAAACAAAGGUCAAAGAAAAUCAUGAGGAUGCUGAUCAGACUCAAAGUACCACUAUUAUCAUCACACCAGUGGAGGAUCAACUCAGUGUCUCAAGUGUGACUGGUGAUGGCCAGUUCAGCAGUAGCACAAGACAAGGUGCCAGGCCUUGCCCUUCUAACAACCCUUUCCAAAAUUCUCCAAUCGAUUCCCCAAGUCAUAGUUCCCCAUCAUCUACAGAUCCACCAGGACAUCGACUAACACCUGAGAGAGACAGCUCAACUGAUACCAAACCACCAUCACCUGUGCCUGAUGGUUACCACACGCCAACUUUCCCCUUAGCGCCCUAUUAUUACUCUUUGCUAAGUGUUCCCCAUGUCCCUUACACUGGCUACACUGCAAUUACAAUCCCAGCCAUUCAGCCACCACUUCCAGAGAAGAAACGACUUUCUUCAACGCCGGGAUCCCUUAACGGACACCCUUCUCAUCAACGAUGCUCUCCAGUGUCUUCACCGACACAUAAUGUAACUUUGCCCCCAACUAUGGCAGAGCAGAGACUGGGGUCUGCCCAGUUCAGCAGCAGCAGGGAAGACGUCAAGGUCAAUGCUAAGUUUGUUCAAGAUAGUUCCAAGUACUGGUACAAACCAGGCAUCUCCAGAGACCAAGCCAUAGCGGUGUUGAAGGACAAGGAACCAGGAACGUUCCUCAUCAGAGACAGUAAUUCGUUCCAAGGUGCCUACGGCCUGGCCCUGAAGGUGGCCACGCCUCCUCCUAACGCCAACAUCACGGGUGGCAAAGCAGAUGUUCUGGAACAGCUAGUGAGACAUUUCCUCAUUGAGACAGGGCCACGGGGAGUCAAAAUCAAGGGCUGUCAGAAUGAGUCGUAUUUUGGUAGUUUAUCUGCCCUGGUGUACCAACAUUCAAUCACACCCAUCUCUUUGCCAUGUGCCCUUCGCAUCCCAGAACAAGAUCUGGUCGGAGAUCUUCAGGAGAUACGGACUGUAACGAAUACAAGCACAGCGGCUGACCUCCUUAAACAGGGAGCAGCUUGCAACGUUCUCUACCUGACCUCUGUGGAAACUGAAUCAUUAACGGGACCGGAAGCAGUUUCCAAAGCAACCAAAUGUACACUGGCUCUUAGUCCACGUCCUGCUGCAACCAUGGUUCAUUUCAAAGUUUCCUCUCAGGGUAUCACUCUAACUGACAGCAAAAGAAGGUUAUUUUUCCGGAGGCACUACCCCAUCAGCAGUGUGACCUUCAGCAGUCUUGACCCCCAAGACCAGAGAUGGACUAACUGUGAUAGCACGUCCAGCAAGAUGUUUGGUUUUGUGGCCAGGCGGACGGGCAGCGCCACAGAGAAUGUGUGUCACCUCUUCGCAGAGAUGGAUCCAGAUCAACCUGCUGUGGCAAUUGUCAACUUUAUUAAUAAGGUUAUGCUAGGGCCGCAGCUACGCAGAUGCAACAUCUAAAAACACUCUGAGGACAAGAGGAUGGUUUACAUGCAUUUCUGACAUACAGUACAUUUACUGUAGUACAGUGCAAAAGACUUAUACCACCACUAACUUUGUUGUUUUAAUGACCUUUUUCUCAGCAGUCUUUAUGACAUUGUAAGUAAGUAGUAGUACCAGAGGAUCUGUAAUUCUUCUGAUUGCGUGGAACUGACUGUUGAUUUAUUGUGGAUUUUAUGUUCCACUAUGUGUGAAUUAGUUUGCUGUCUUGAGAAGGUUUAUAUUUUGUUGUUACAAAUAAUUUCAUGAGCAGGAUUACGCACAAAAAAAUAAAACAAUUCACGAUUUCCAUGAAAGGUCCAUUUUAAACAUUUGAUGGAACAGUCCACUGCACAGAAUCUACUGGCACUGCUCGUAUUUUCACUAUCCACCAUGAACCAGGAAGUAGCCUCACAAAAGGAAGGACAAACAACAAACACUUUUGGAACAGUUUGGUCUUAGUACAGAUUUGUCCUCCAUUGAGAUACAUUCGAGUGUUAUAGUUAAUAGAGCACUGUUUAAACAACAGUUCUAAUGGUGGUAGAAGGCUUAUGCACAGCGCUAUACAUUGAAUGAAGUGUUUGUUGCUAAGUGAGUUUGCAUUUAUGCAGGUGUGCUCAGCUGUGAUGGUUUUCUUUUCAAUUCAGUUGCCCGCUGUCCUCUAUUUAACAUACUUUUAAUAACCUCACACACCCAAGCGUGCAAUGUGUUAAACCCUAACCCUUUUUUUUAUAUUUCAUCUUAAAAAGCAAACAAUUACAGAGGAAUACUAUUUAUAUUAUUGUUUAUUGAUGUCCAAUGAUUUUGAGACAGCGGACAUUUCGGAGCAUAUUCCAAACAAUACAACUGAUAUAUUAAAAACACUUGAAUAUUUUGCUAAAAGAAAUUCUAAUUUAAUUACAUGUCUGUUUUUAAUAUCGACUACAUCACUAGUCAGUGUUACACUCAGAAUUCUAAGUGGGUAAUGUGGACUGUAUGAGUAUAAAUGAUUUUUAAGAUUAAUAGAGGUAUUGUUGGAAAAUCAGACCGAAUGUGGGGUGGGGGUGGGGGUGUGUGUGUGUUGUGGGGUGGGUAAUGAUUUGAUGAGGACAAUUUAUUUAACCCAGCAGUUAAAUACAUAGUACUUGUGACAGAUAGUAUUUUCUCCUAUAUUACAAAAACAAAAAAUGCCUAUACCUGUAUCUAAUUGUAUUUAAGUUGAAAGGAUACAGAAUGCACUGAGCCAACACACAAAAAGACAAAGUGAGUCACACAGCCAUAAACAAAGUAACAAAUUAAAAGACAGAAUAUCAAUGGUAACCUCUUUGUGACUGGAAAUAACAAAAUCAUGCCUUAAAGCUGGAAUGUUUCACAAUCGGGGGAAAAUGUCACACUGGUAAGGUCAUUUUAAACAGAGACGUUACCUCACUUUCUCCAUGCCUCAGAAUGACCGCACAUUUGGUCUUGACCUGUUGGAUUUGUUUUUAUUCUCACACAGCAACCAAGAUCCUUGGUAACACACAAAAACUCACCCAAACCAAAGACAGUGUAAAAAUAAAUGUCAAGUUUUUUAUUCUUUUUCUCACUUUUUGUGUUUUUUACAAACAGUAUAACUUCAGCACACAUGCAAUUUUCAUAAUGUUUGUCUGUAAAAGAAGUAAUAUAUUUUAUGCCUCUGAA